AUGUCUCAGCAAGCUGGCGCCUCUGCGUCAUCGGCUACUGCUGCCUCAUCGAGCUACACCAAAUACGCCAGCCUUCCCGAUGUCGACACCUCGGCACCAGACGUGUACGAGUACCAAGGUCCCAACCCCGACACGAGCCGCGGCGGGCGUCAACGGUCACGCAAGCAGAGGAGCACCGAUAGCGACUCAGACACCUCGAGCGACGAAUCGGAUGGCAGCGUGCAUCGCAAGCAUGCCGGUGAUGGCAAGGGCAAAGGCGGCGGCGCUUCGGAUGAUAUCGAUCAUUCGUCCCUUGCACGCAACGAUGCAGCCGCCAAGUUUAGCGGUGCUACCCAUCUGGAUGCUGGUAGCGCUGACUUUUCAGGGAAGCUGCAGAAAAGAAAGCCGACGCGAAAGACGAAUGCGACAAGACCUAGAGAUGCAGGGCUCGAGACAUCGACGUAUGCGAUCGAUGGUGUUGCGGGCAGUGGGCAAGAGUCGGUAGCAGAUCGGCUGCGGAGGCUCAAAUUUGAGGCGAGUCAGUUGGAGGAAGAAGUGAAUGCCAAUGCUGCAGCAUCCAAGGAGACGGUAACACAGGCACAGCAGGUCGACAGCGUAGAGGUGCUCAACCAGCUCAAAAUUCUGCAGAGUCAGCUGGCCAACCUGACGGUGCCGCCAUCGUCGAAGGACACGAGCGGAGGAGAGCGCAAAGCGGAUAAGGAGGCUUUGCGGGCACUGUUGCUGCAACUCAAGCAGUCAUCAGCAGCCAGCGCGUCAACAACCAGCUCGACCGAGCAUCCCGCUACCGCUGCCAAUGCUAGUGGUGCUGCUGCAUCAGGCUCGGAACCGCGCACGGUGGGCGAUCUGGUCCAAAUGGAAGCACGACUGUCGGAGCUUGAAGCUACGUUGGGACUGGAACAGGCAAUGCUGGACGAAUCCAAGCCCGUCCCGCGCCCCGUGCUGUCGACGCUCUCGCGGCUCGAACAUCAGCUUUCCAUCCUCUCGCAGCCGCGCCAUCUCGACGCCAUCAGCCGACGCGUCAAAGUGUUGGUGACAGAGAUGGAUCGCGUGCACGACGUGCGACGCAAACUCACCACUGAACCUGCUCCAGCCGAUUCCACGUCCACCGGAACACUCACGGCUACAGAGCUGGCACAGCUGCAGCAGCUCUUCAACGUGUCUGCGCGCCUCGAACCGCUGCUGCCCGUGAUCCCGUCGGUGCUGACACGUCUGCAGACGUUGGCGGAGCUGCAUACGUCGGCCGCACACUUUGCAAGCACGCUGGACGAGCUGCACGAGUCGAGUUCCGAGAGGCAGGUGCAGGAGCAAGAGAUGGAGGAGCUGUUGCGCAAGAUCGAGAUGAACAUGGACCAGACGGACAAGAAGGUCGAGGCGAACCUCGAGUCGUUGCAGAGUCGGAUCGAGCAGGUUGCGGCUAGGCUGGAGAAGCUACAGGGUUGA